CGCAACUCUGGUCCAAAAAGGCCAGAAUAACGGGCUACGAGAAGACGCGCUGUGGUCUUGGCCGACGCGCCCCGCUAGAGAUCCAUGGAGAGACCCUUUUUGCACCGCAAAUGCUCGAGCGUUUCAUCCACAAGUCGGCCCUGGCCCAGCGUUCUCCAGCAGCCAAGCUUUCUCAGCCACUAUGCCUGCAGCAGCCGGCUUGGCCUGGGGCUAAUCGGCAAUCGUUUCCCGGCUAGCCAACCACUAUCGUCACUCGGGUCCAGGGGCGGACUCAGAUUGGUUUACAGUGACGCCUGGCCACAAUUCACGCAAAGUACUCUGUACGGGCGCAUUUACAGCGUCAGCUUCGUGCUGGUGCUGCGACUACGGGUACACACUACAGGCUCAUGCUUACGAAGCCCCCUCCCCCUCACUCUUUCUGAGUUACGAUGGCUUGGGGUGGGCAGCAGUCAGAGGCUGCGAGUUGCGAGACAGAUGCAGCAGAUGCCUGCAUCCCACCCAGCCAACGGCCACACCACAGUUUAUGGAGAGGCCUCAUGGAGGGGUCCUCGCAGACCCCGCAUCGUCACACGCGUCUUGGAACAAAGCGAAUGGAUUCAAUGGCACUGUCGAUUUUUCUUUUCUAUCUGACUGUGUUUACCACUGGUUUCCGUACUGGUUGUUGAGCUGCUCCUCAGCCUGCUGCUGAGCGUGGCGCUUGGCCUUCUCGCGGUCAAUGAAGUCAAGGCCCUUGGUCU